AAUUUUCUAGAAUAUCCCGGAUCAUCCAGGGAUUUCACAUCUUCCAGUAUUUGUGGUUCGUUACACCUCUGCUAUUUCGAGUCAGUCGACCGUUGUAAAAUCGAUUUGAGAAAUUUUUCCUGUUCAUUCUGAUGAUACAUGCAAAUAUUGUUCGCUGUUACGAUCAAUUUCACGUGAAUUCGUCUUUUUGUGGAUGCAUCAACUUUUUUUUUCACACUUUUUUCCGCACCGUGGCCUUCAUUUUUUACGGAUCUUUCUUCACGUCGUUGGAUAUCACCUGAAUGCUCUGACAACACACCUUAAUAAAGAGAGACAUGUAUUUGCACCGUUGAACACUCACACUAGUUUAUUCGUGAUAAGAGACGUGUUAGUGGCAUCUGGCUAACAAACCGCAAUCAUCAGUUAGUCAUGGAUCUUUGGACACUUUACACGCACAAAUUUAUUAUUUUUUAACUCCAUUUUUUUUUUAGUCGUCGUGAUUUCGAGAGGAAAAAUAUCCAUUUUUAUUAUUUACCAAUGGCUUAUCGCUACGUCGAAUACGAUUCUGUGAGACUUUCUGUUGUCGAAAUUCCAUCUUCACGGGCACAGUAUGAGCCCGGCGCUGGACAACGCGCCCUACCCCAACGAACUAAUAACAUCCUGGUGGACGAUUAUCCACCGUCGCGGAUCAACAGAUACCGAGGUGGUACUUCGAUACAAAAGAGAAUGACUCAGAGGGAGGAUGUGCUCAAGUUUGAGCAGGGGAGGAUAAAAGCCCUGCAGGAGGAGCGUCUGCACAUUCAAAAGAAGACAUUUACCAAAUGGAUAAAUUCAUUCUUACUCAAGGCACGAAUGGAAGUGGAGGAUCUUUUCACAGAUCUAGCAGACGGCAAGAAACUCCUGAAACUCUUGGAAAUCAUAUCCGGUGAAAGACUGGCAAAGCCGAACAAUGGACGCAUGCGAGUCCACAAGAUCGAGAACGUGAACAAGUCCCUGGCGUUCCUCCACACAAAGGUGAGACUGGAGAGUAUAGGAGCUGAGGACAUCGUUGAUGGGAACCCAAGGCUGAUACUUGGACUGAUAUGGACAAUUAUUCUUCGAUUUCAAAUACAGGAGAUUGAGAUUGAUGUGGACGAGGAGAAUGAGAGCAGUGAAAAAAAAUCAGCGAAGGACGCGUUGUUGCUCUGGUGUCAAAGGAAAACCAAUGGAUAUCCCGAUGUCAAUAUCCAAGACUUCACAGGAUCCUGGCGAAGUGGUCUGGGUUUCAAUGCCCUCAUCCACGCUCACCGUCCAGAUUUGGUCACCUGGUCUGAGCUACAACAAGGAAAACACAUUGACAAUCUCAAUUAUGCAUUCGACGUGGCUAAUUCAGAGCUCGGAAUACCACGACUGCUGGAUGCCGAGGACGUUGACACCGCACGACCCGACGAAAAAUCAAUCAUCACCUACGUCGCCUCCUACUAUCACACCUUCGCCCGGAUGAAGAAUGAAAUAAAAUCCGGCAAACGAAUAGCCAAUAUCGUUGGACAAAUGAUGGACGCUGACAAAAUGAAGAUUCACUACGAAAAACUUACAGCGAAUCUCCUCGAGUGGAUAAAGCACAAGAUAACAGUCUUGGAGAAUCGAAAUUUUCCCAAUUCACUGGAGGGUAUCCAGCGUGAAUUAUUGGGAUUCAAGCAGUACCGUACAGUUGAGAAACCACCAAAGUAUAAAGAACGCUCGGAAAUUGAAGCCUUAUAUUUUCACAUUAAUACGCAGUUGAAGUCGCUCAAUCAACCGGCAUUCAUACCUCAGGAGGGACAACUGGUGCAGGACAUUGAGAGAAAUUGGGUGGAAUUGGAACGGGCUGAGCACCGACGUGAAGUUGCUCUGCGCACUGAAUUAUUGCGUCAAGAGAGACUUGAGCAAUUGAACUACAAAUUUGAAAAGAAAAGUGUCCUACGCGAGGGCUAUCUGAAAGAGAUGAUUCAAGUGCUCUCGGAUCCUCGAUAUGGAAGCAAUUUGGCGCAGGUUGAUGCCACCGUCAAAAAACACGAGGCAAUAAGCGCUGAUAUCCUGGCGCGCGAGGAGAGGUUCCACGAUUUGACGAAUAUGUCGGAGGAACUCGUCAGAGAGAAUUAUCAUGGGCUUGAGCGUGUGCGAUCACGCGAGCAAGAAGUAUUAGAGAGAUGGAGAGAGCUAUUGGCACUCCUCGAUCAUCACAAAUCAAAUUUGUCAGCUCUUUGUUCACUGAUGUCACUCAUGAGAGAAAUUGAUACGACAUUGGCAACCAUUCAGGAGCUCCAGCUGAAUUUCCAAAGCACAGACGUGGGACCACAUCUCCUGGGUGUUGAAGAUCUUCUCCAGAAGCACAGCCUCCAGGAGCUCCAGGUGACAGCCCUCGGUGAAACCCAGCGUAGACUUGGUAGACAAGCUGCACAGCAUUUGGCGCAGCCAUUGAGCAAAGAGGCACCGUUACUCCAACAAAAACUCGCAAGACUCAACAGCACUUACGAUGAUCUUGUUGAGAAUAGCAAAGAAAGAAAGGCACGUUUGGAGGACGCUAGGAAUUUCUUUCAUUUUUUGCAGGAUCAUGAGGAUGAGGAAUCGUGGCUAGUUGAGAAACAGCGGAUUUGUAAAGCCGGCAUUUCAGCAAAAGAUUUAAGAGCUGUCAUAUCGCUGCAACAAAAACACAAGGCACUGCAGGAUGAGAUCAAAGUGCGCAGACCAAAAUCCGAUCAAUUGUGCAGUGCUGGGAAGAAAUUGAUUGGUGAUAAUCAUCCGUCCUCUUUGGAGAUACAAAAUCGAAUUGAAUCGUUGCAGGAGCACUGGAAAGUACUCGAGGAAUUGGCGGCGCUGCGUAAAAAACAAUUGGACGAUGCUGCCGAGGCAUUCCAGUAUUACGCCGAUGCAAAUGAGGCUGACUCGUGGAUGAACGAGAAAAUGGCACUGGUGACGUCUGAGGAUUAUGGUGUGGAUGAACCCAGUGCUCAGGCAUUACUCCAGAGGCACAAAGAUUUGGAGGGAGAGCUCAAUGCGUACAAGGGCGAUGUUCAAUCUCUCAAUAGUCAAGCUGAUAAGUUAAUUAAAGCUGGAAUAUCUGCACUGGAGCUUUCAGCUGAUCCAGAGCCAGUGGCUGAGCUCGAGCAGGAAGAAUGGAGCAAGGAGGUACGCCUGGUGCCCCAGGACGAGUGGGUUGAUGAAAUCAUUGAACGCAUCGAGCCCAAAACUAUUCUCGAAGAUCGAUUAGUCCCACAAGUUAAGAGUCUUUAUCCAUUCAGUGGUCAGGGUAUGCACAUGGUUAAGGGUGAAAUUAUGUUUCUCCUUAAUAAAACUAAUCCAGACUGGUGGAAUGUGAGGAAAACGGACGGCUCCGAUGGCUUCGUUCCUGCUAAUUAUGUACGUGAAAUUGAACCUAAAGUAAUACAGGUGCAAGUCAAGAGGCCGGAGAAAGUGCGGGUUACGCAGCGUGUCAAAAAAACUAAAAUGGUUAAUCAAGUGAUACCAGUUAGGAGAGUUAAGUCCAUUAAAUCAACGGUCAAACCAAUCAAACGCAAGACUGUCAAUGACAGUGAUAACGUUGAGAAGAGACAGAAAAGAAUCAAUGACACUUACGAUGAGCUCUGUGAAUUAUCAACGAAACGUCAUGCAUUAUUGGAGGAUGCUAUCAGGCUUUAUGGAUUCUAUCGUGAGUGUGAUGAUUUUGAAAAAUGGAUCAAAGAUAAAGAAAAGAUGUUGCGCGCUGAUGAUUCCAAGGAUAACGUUGAGACUGCCAAGAGGAAGUAUGAGAAAUUCUUGACAGAUCUCUCAGCGUCUGGAAAACGCGUUGAAGCUAUUGAUGCUGCUGUCGAUGAUUUUGUAAAACAGGGGCACAGUCAGUUGGAUAAAGUUAAAGCGAGGCAGAGGCAUAUUCAUCAGCUGUGGGAUCACCUCAACUGGCUGAAGGCACAAAAGGAAAAGUCUCUGGAAGGUGCAUCCAGCGUUGAAUUGUUCAAUCGAACGUGUGAUGAAGCUCACGAUUGGAUGCUUGAGAAAAUAACACAAUUGGAUACAGCUGAGUUGGGCCCAGAUCUCAAGACAGUUCAAGCACUUCAACGCAGGCAUCAACAUUUGGAGCGAGAGCUAGCCCCGGUGGAGGAAAAAGUGCGAAAAGUUAAUCUUCUUGCUAAUAGCGUUAAAUCAUCUUAUCCAAAUGAGCAUAAUAACGUCAAUGCAAGGCAAAACGAGAUCAAAGAAUUGUGGCACAAAGUCCAGACUAAAGCUAAAGAGCGCAGAUCGAGGCUGGAAGAUGCUGUCGGACAGCAGAUCUUUAUGAAUAGCUCGAAGAGUCUUAUCAAUUGGGCAACUGACGUUCAGGAAUCAAUGAAAGCUGAAGAACCUGUUCGUGAUGUAGCAACUGCUGAAAAAUUGCAGAAGCAGCACACGGAACUCGGUGAGGAGGUAAAAACACAUGAGGAUGAGUUUAGAGAAGUUGAGGACCUGGGUAAUCAAUUGCUUCACAGAAAUCCUGGACUACAUGAUGUGCGUGAACGAUUGGAUAAAUUACACGGUCUUUAUCAGGCUGUGACGUCUGAUUGGAAUGCCAAAGAGGAGUGGUUACGUCAGUGUUUGGAAUUGCAGCAAUUUAAUCGAGAAGCUGAUCAGAUCGAGGCAACCACGAGUUCCCACGAGGUCUUUCUUGAAUUUACCAAACUCGGAGAGUCCCUUGACGAUGUCGAAGCGCUUCUCAAACAGCAUGAGAAGUUUGAGAAUACACUGCAAGCUCAGGAUGAGAGGCUCAAAGCUUUCAGUGAUACAGCUGAUAGAUUAAUUGGUCAGAAUCAUUAUGAUAAGGAUUAUAUCAAUGAUAAGAGGAAUCAGGUGCUCUCUCGGAGGGCAGCUGUAAGGGAUCAGGCGCAGGCAAGAAGAGCAGCGCUGAAAGCAUCGGAGAAUUAUCAACAAUUCUGUGCUGAAGUUGAUGAUCUUAGGGACUGGCUGGGUGAUAAGAUGAAAGUGGCGUCAGAUGAGAGUUACAGGGAUUUGAAUAAUCUGGAGAGAAAACUGCAAAAGCAUGAAGCUUUUGAGAGAGAACUCAGGGCCAAUGAGGGCCAGCUCAGAGCUGUCAAUAAAGCAGGGAAAGCUCUUAUCUCAGAACAGAAUUAUCGAUCUAAUGAUGUGGGGGAUACGUUGAAGGAUCUGAAUGACCAGUGGAGUCAGUUGGUCGCACUUUCUCUGGAGAAGGGCAGAAGGUUGAGGCAAGCAGCUUCCCAACACGGCUACAACAGGACAAUGGAAGAUGCUAGGUUGAAGCUUGAGGAAAUUGAAAACUCUCUGCAGAGCAAACAAGUUGGAAGCGAUUUGAGGAGCUGCAAAGAGCUGCUGAAGAAGCAUCAGAUUUUGGAGACCGAUAUGUGCCAGUGGGAGCAGAAAGUCGAUGAUCUCGUGGCAAUGGGUGAGGAAAUGGCGCAUGAGGGACAUUUUGAUGCACCAAAUAUCUUGAAAACGAGUCAAGCUACGCAGAGGAAGUUUCGCAGUUUGAAGGAACCAGCUAGGAAGCGACGAGGAGCUUUGGAGGAGAGCCUCCGUUUUCACAAAUUUGGAUUUGAGCUUGAUGCUGAGUUGCAAUGGAUCAAGGAUCAUUUACCCCAGGCAUCGUCCACAACACUUGGACAAAAUCUUCAUCAGGCUCAAACUCUCAACAAGAAGCAUAAGAAAUUGGAAGCGGAAAUUAUUGGUCAUCAACCGAUGAUCGAUAAAACUCUGGCGACAGGACAGGCACUGAUAGAGCAGAUUCAUCCAGAAAAGAAAAAGAUUCAAGAGCUGUGCGAGGAGUUGGAUGAGGCCUGGAAGAAUCUGCAGGAGAAAGCAGGAGAGCGUAGUCGUGCCCUGGACUUGUCAUUGAGGGCUCAAGAAUUCUUCUUCGAGGCCGGAGAGGUGGAGAGUUGGUUGAGCGAGAAAAAUGAUGUUCUCAAUUCAACGGAUUACGGAAGAGAUCGUGACGCUGCGACGAAAUUACUCACAAAGCACAAGGCCAUGGAACUAGAAUUAGAUUCUUACAACGGCAUCGUUACAGAAAUGGGUCACACAGCAGCUUCAAUGGUUAACUCAAAGCAUCCUGACAGCAAAGCCAUAGCUAACAAGCAGCAGUCUAUUGCCCAACAGAUGAGAGCACUCCAGAGACUGGCAACGACCAGACAGCAGAGAUUAAUGGAGAGUAUGUAUCGACACGAGUAUUUCCUCGAGAGCAGGGAAUUGGAGCAGUGGAUAAAGGAGCAGGAGCAAGCUGCUGCCUCUGAAGAUUAUGGCCAGGAUUACGAACAUUUGUUGAUUCUUCAGGCUAAAUUUGAUGACUUCAAGCACAGAAUUGAGGCUGGAUCCGAGAGAUUCAAUCAAUGCGAGGAAUUGGCUAGAAAACUCAUCACUAACGAGAGCCCCUACAUCCAAGAUAUUGAGAAACGUCAGGAACAGCUUGGUGGUGAUGAGGAUAAUCCUGUUGUUCAAGUACAGAGACUGCAUCAACACAUGCGAGAAUCCUGGCAGCAUCUCCUGGGUUUAAUUCGUCACCGCGAGCAACGUCUGCAGGCAGCUGGUGAAAUUCACAGAUUCCACCGUGAUGUCGCUGAGGCACUCUCGCGCAUUCAAGAAAAAGAGGCAGCUCUCCCCGAAGAUUUAGGACGUGACUUGAAUUCUGUGUUAGCCCUUAUCAGACGUCACGAGGGUUUUGAGAAUGAUUUAGUGGCCCUCGAGGCCCAACUUCAGGUACUAGUUGAGGAUGCCUCUAGACUCCAAGCCCUUUAUCCCGGAAACAAUGCAUCUCACAUCGAUCAACAACAGCAAAUUGUCCUGGCAAACUGGGAGGAGCUGAAGGAGAAAUCAGCUCACAGAAGAGAUCAGCUCCAAGCAAGCUGUGACCUCCAGCGUUUCCUCACUCAAGUUCGUGAUUUAAUGAACUGGGCAGCUGGUUUGCGUGCUGCACUCUCCACCGAAGACAAAGUUCGUGAUGCAGCUAGUGCCCAGAUACUUAAAGCCGAGCAUGAGGGAAUCAAAGGUGAAAUCGAAGCCAGAGAGGAUAGUUUCAGUGCUGUACUCGAUUUGGGAGAGGCAAUGGUGCAGACAGGUCACUACGCAGCCCCAGAGGUCGAGGAAAAGUGCAAUCAAUUGUUGGAUGAACGCCAGAAGCUUCAUACAGCUUGGCAGCAGAAGAAAGUCCACCUGGAUCAAUUGAUUGACCUCCACUUUUUCCUCAGAGAUGCAAAACAACUCGACAAUUUGUCAGCUACCCAGGAAGCUGCUCUGAGCAACGACAACUUUGGUGUGUCAGUUGAAGAGGUCGAUGUUCAGAUGAAAAAACAUAAUGAGUUUGAGAGGCUUUUAGUCACUCAGGAUGAGAAAUUAGCAGCUCUGCAGGAGCAUGGGGACAAGCUCUUGGCUCAAAAUCAUUUUGAUUCACCAACUAUUGGAAGCAGAUUGCGUGAAGUCUCUGAGAAGCGCGCUAAGAUCAGAGAUUUGUGCGAUGGGAGGAGAAAGAGACUAGCUGCCAGCCUUCUCCAUGCUCAAUUCAUAAGAGACGUUGGCGAAGCUGAGUCGUGGAUCGGUGAGAAGCAGAAAAAACUUGAGGCGGAAGCCUCGAAGGGCGAAGUCUCUAGUUUAGAAGAUAAAAUCAAGAAACUGCAGAAGCAUCAGGCCUUCCAGGCUGAACUCGCAGCGAAUCAGAGCAGAAUCGAAGAGAUUCGUACUAAAGGAGAACAAUUACUAGCCCAGAAGCAUCCAUUAGCUGGAGAAAUUCGAGCGCAGUUGGAGCAGCUUCAUGGUACCUGGAGAAAGUUGCUAUUAGUCUCUGGAAACCGAGGAAGAGGGCUGGAAGAAGCCCAGGAUAUUCUCGAAUUUAACAAUCAAGUAGAAAAAAUCGAGGCGUGGAUACGAGAUAAGGAGAUGAUGGUCCAGGCUGGAGAUACUGGAAAGGAUUACGAGCACUGCCUCAGUCUUCAGAGAAAAUUGGAUGACGUUGACAGUGACAUGAGAGUCGAUGAUACUAGAAUCAAGUCGAUAAAUGCAUUGGCGGAUAAAUUGAUAAAACAGGGUCACGAUGACGAGUCAAAACCUAUACAACAGCGCAGGGAUAAUUUCAAUAAUAAAUGGAAAGGUCUUCAGGGUGCAUUGAGUGCUUACAGAGAUAUUCUUGCUGGUGCUCUUGAGAUUCACUUAUUCAAUCGUGACAUUGAUGAUACCAGUCAGCGUGUCAUUGAAAAAUCCCUCGUGAUGAAUACUCAGGACGUUGGAAAGGAUUUGACAGCUGUCGAGCAACUUCAGCGAAAGCAAGAGGCUAUGGAGCGUGACAUGACAGCUAUCGAGGGAAAAUUAAAGGAACACCGAGCAGAGGCUAAAGAUCUCUCUCGAAAAUAUUCAGAGAAUGCACCUGAGAUAAACGCUAUGUUGCACAAUUUACAAUCCAAUUGGGAUGAUUUACAACAUCUUACAAAGCACAGACGUGACGCUUUGAAUCAGGCAUACACUCUUCAUAAAUUCUUGGCGGAUUUGCACGAGCUCGAGGUCUGGGUUAAUGAUACUAUAAAAAGGAUGAAUGAGUCUGAAGCUCCCACAACAAUUUCUGAAGCUGAAGCUCUCCUAGAACUUCAUCAAGAACGAAAAGCUGAGAUCGAUGGACGACAGGAUACGAUUAAAUCGCUCAAUGAACAUGGAAAAAAAUUAGUAGAAAUUGAUUCUGAUGUCAGGGGGAGUUUGGAGUACCUCGAGCAAUUGAAAACAGGUUUGAUUAAAGCGUGGGAGGAGAGAAGGGAGAAACUCCUCCAAGCUUAUCACCUUCAGCAGUUCAAGGAGCAAGCUGAUCAGGCUGACAGCUGGUUAGCAACUAAAGAAGCAUUUCUCAACAAUGAUGAUCUUGGGGAGUCACUUACAGGUGUAGAAACUUUGAUAAGAAAGCAUGGAGAGUUCGAGAAGAUGCUGACAUCACAGCUAGGAAGGAUCGAUGAAUUAGAAACGUUUGCCAAUGAGAUUCUAGCAGCAAAUCCUGCUGACUCAGUAAUUAUCAAGCAGAGAUUAGCUACAGUCUGUGGUAGACGGGAUAAAUUGAAGAGCAAUGCUGCCGGAAGGAUGAAAAAAUUAGUAGAGAGUCGACAGCUUCAUCAAUUCCUUCGAAAUAUCUACGAGGUUGAGGGAUGGUUGCAUCAGAAGCAGCAAGUUGCUUGUGACGAGAGCUACCGAGAUCCUACAAAUCUUCAGAGUAAAAUUCAGAAACAUGUGGCAUUUGAGAGCGAAUUGAUGGCGAAUCGAGGGAGAAUUGCCGCGAUCAUGAGCGAGGGUGAGACUCUUAUUGAAAACGAGCAUUACGCUUCUAAGGAGAUUCAAGACAGGCUAGAGGAUUUAGAAUCUGAAUGGAGGAUUCUUCAACAAACUAGUGAGCUUAAGAAGAAUCGUCUCAAUGAUGCUUACCAAGCUCUUCUGUUCGGUAGAACUUUGGAUGAAUUUGAGACUUGGAUGGAUGAAGUCGAGGUGCAGUUGCAGUCUGAGGAUCACGGCAAGGAUCUUUCUAGUAUCGCUAAUUUAUUGAAGCGUCACACAAAUUUGGAGAACGAUGUGCUUGGACAUAAUGAGGCGUGUGAAUCCAUUAAGGAUACUGCUACGAGCUUUCAUAGGACAAAACAUUUCAUGUGCGAUGAGAUUCAGGAGAGAGCACGGGCGAGCAUCAGUCGUUAUCACAGUUUGCAGGAGCCAAUUCAGAUUAGACGUGAUAAUCUUGAGGAUGCUAAGCUACUUCACCAAUUUUUGAGAGAUGUGGAAGAUGAGUUGCACUGGUUAAUGGAAAAGGAACCAUUAGCUGGUAGUAAUGAUCUCGGUAGCUCUCUGAUGACAGUUCAAAGAUUGCAGAAGAAGCAUCAAGCUCUUGAGACUGAAUUGACAUCACGAGAGCCAGUGGUUGCUUCAUUGGCAGCACGAGCUGCAGGAAUGGUGAGGAGUGGCCACUUUGCUUCGGAGAAAAUUGAAUCAGCUGGACAAGAACUCCAGAAUAAAUUGUCACAUCUGCGGGAUCUUGCUAGUGUUCGAAAGUUGAGGCUUCUCGAUGCUGUUGAAUCGCAGAUGUUCUACGCUGAGGCAACGGAGGCUGAGCAGUGGAUUAAAGAAAAGUAUCCCCAGUUGAGAUCUACUGAUUAUGGGAAGGACGAGGACUCGGUGCAGUCGUUGCUGAAGAAGCUCGAGGGUCUUGAUCGUGAUUUAUCAUCGUUCGAAAGCAAUAUUGAAAACUUGAAGAAACUUUCUGCCGGACUCAUCAACAGACAUCACUUUGACAGUAAAAAUAUCGGACAAAAGCAAAAGGAGAUUGAGCAGAAGUUCACUGAACUCAGUAAAUUGAAAGAUCUGAGACUUCACAGAUUAUUAGAGAGCGAGAAGUUGUUCAAGUUUAUGAGACAGGCCGAUGAAGUCAUCGAGUGGAUUAGUGAUCAAACAACAGUCGCUGCUUCAGAAGAUUAUGGAUCAGACGUGGAACAUGUUGAGCUGUUGAUCCAAAUUUUCGAUAACUUCCUGGCAGGAUUGACAACCAGUGAGAAUCGUAUAUUAACAGUGAUUGAUGAUGGGGAACUGUUGAUCAAGGAGCAGAAUCCAGAGGCCAGUAAAAUUCGUAGUAAAAUUGAUGAGACUAAGCAGCAGUGGGAUGAUCUGAAAGAAUUGGCACAUGCUAGACAGGAGGCACUGGCUGGAGCAAAACAAGUUCACAUGUUUGAUCGAACAGCUGAUGAGACCAUCACCUGGAUCCAGGAGAAGGAGGCUAGCCUCAGCUCCGAUGGAUAUGGCCAUGAUCUAGAGACAAUUCAGGCUCUGGUGAGGAAACAUCAGGGAUUCGAGACAGAUUUAGCUGCUGUGAAAGAACAAGUUGAAUCGGUGAUGGCUGAAGCAUCGAGAUUGGCCGAACUAUUUCCAGAUGCGAGGGAACACAUUGCCGUUAAGCAUGAAGAGGCUGAUGAAUCGUGGACUGAUCUCCUGGAAAAAGCAGCACAGAGACGAAGUAAAUUAACACAAGCUGAACAGCUUGAGACUUAUUUCGAUGAGUACAGGGACCUCGUCUUCUGGAUCAACGAAAUGGUCGCCAAAGUCACAGCCCCUGAUUUGGCUCGUGAUGUUCCAGGUGCUGAGAUCCUUAUAUCGAGGCACAAUGAGUACAAAGUGGAGAUUGAUUCGCGUCAAGAUGCAUUCAAUAAGUUCCAUCUAGUCGGUCAGGGAUUAAUUGAGGGCGGUCACUUCUUGGCUAAGGAAAUCCAGGAAAAGAUCUCGAUACUCGAGCAAAGGAAGAAUAUUCUGACAGACACUUGGGAGCAGAGACGAUUGAUUUACGAGCAAAAUCUAGAUACUCAAAUGUUUAAGCGUGAGGCAGAAACUCUGGAGAACUGGAUAAUAAGUAGAGAACCAAUGCUGCACGAUGGAAACCUUGGUGAAACAAUUCCUCAGGUUGAGGACUUGAUUCGUAAGCACGAGGACUUUGAGAAAACGAUUGAAGCGCAGGAAGAAAAGUUCGAGUCUUUGAAACGAAUUACAAUGCUGGAGCAUGCAUUCCGAAAACAGCAGGAAGCUGAAUUAGCUGCCAGGCAGGCUGAGAAAGAAAGGGUUGAGCGAGCGAGAAUUGAAGAACGAAAACGCAAGGAAGUACAGAGAAUUACAGAGGAGCGUAAACGUGAAGAGGAACGCAGGAGAAUUCAAGACAGUCCUCAUCACAGACCUCACGAUGAAAUCAAUGGUAAAUCUGAUGAUCAUGAGUCCUCGAGUACAUUAUCACCAUUGAAGACAAACAAUGCAACAUCUGAAGUUGUUGAAGUGUCUGGACACAAGUCUCACGGUUUCCCUCAUGUAUUCGGUGAUCGAUUGAAGCGAACAACUCCAGAUAUCAAACGAGCUGAAAGUAUGAAAGUAGAUACUAAGAAGCCGAAACGAACGCCCAGUUUUACAACUCGUAGGCGCACUCAGAGCUUCAGAAAGCAUCAAAAAAUGGAGAACAUGGAUCCUCUGAGUCCUGUGGAAAUUCAGGGACUUUUGGAACGUAAACACGAGCUCCAAAGUGGAGGCAAAAAGGCAGCUGUUCGAUCGUGGAAACAGUACUUCACCGUUUUAUGUGGUCAGCUGUUGUGCUUCUUCAAGGAUUACAGUGAUUUUUCAUUGAGUAAAGCUGCUACAGCACCUAUCACCAUAUUUAAUGCAACCUGUGAAAAAGCUGAGGAUUAUACAAAACGAAAGCACGUGUUUAGAUUGAAGUGUACUGAUGGCUCAGAAUUUCUGUUUCUCGCAGCGAAUGACCAGGAUAUGGAGGACUGGGUCAAUAAAAUAUCAUUUCACGCCAAAUUACCACCGAGUUUGCAGCUCCUGAGGUACGAUGAGACACAGAAAGAUGGGACUGACAGAUUGCAGAACCAAACACCUGACAUUGUUGGUGAUGAAAAUCCCUCGACUGAGAGCAGUCGUGCCUCAACUCCAGAAUUGGAGAGGAAAAAUUCGGUGAUUCGUCGGGAUAUUUCUGAACAUUCCAAUGUUCAGGUGGAGUUUCUCCAAAAACACAGGCAGAAUCAGCAGAUGAGGGAGCCGAAGUCUCUAGAGUUCGUUGAACCACCUAGGAUACCUCAGUCACAGACUCAAACGGAAUUUCUGCAGAAACACAGGCAGCAACAACUUUUGGCUCAACAGAUGUUACAGCAAGAGCAGUUGGCUAUUCAGAGAGAUUAUCAUUCACCUCCAGGUGAGAGACCACCAAUUCCUCCCAGAGGCGCACCACCUCCUGUACCCGCCAGAUCGCCGAGCUCCGAAAAUAUCAUGCCAAUCAGGAGAAAUGACGUUGAACAUCACUUAUCGAGUAAUAGACCUCAAUCCUAUCAACAGAGAAGUGCGACCUUGGGCUAUAAUGGCUCGGGACAGCAUCCACCUGCUGAUAAUUGGCAUCGACAGAGCAGUGACUUCACCUCUUCUCCAGAUUUUGUAGAAGUAGCGCCUCCCCUGCCGUCAAGUGCUCCUCCGCCACCCAGGAUGGCACAGUGGAAUACUCAUGACCCCGGAUACGGAAAUUCGAAUGUCAACGCAAGACAGACUGGACAACAACUCAAUUCAUUCACUGGUCGUCCAACAUCGUUACCACCAUAUGUUGCGCCACCACCAGCUAUUUCUCCAGUAAAUCAAAGCAUCUCUGUAGUUGACGGAAGAAGAGCAUCAGAGAGUGGCUCGGAAAGUGAACACAGCAGUGGGGGUUCGCGAAAAGAUCGAGAUUACAAAAGAAGUUCAGUUUUGAGUAAUUUGUUUGGCCGAAGGAAAAAGCCAUCUCAGUCGUAGCACUCUACCUGACCUGAUGACAAUUACAUUUGUCCACCUACAAUUGGAAGAGAAAACGCAAAGAUUCAUCGUCAAUAAAUCAUAAUGAAAAAAGAAGUUACAAUAACGAAUUCCAAACAUUUUUAUAUAAUCUAUUAUAUCUAUAUUUAUGAAUUAAUACAAUAAUUCCGAGCAGGUGACUACAAAGGCAAUUAUUAUUGUUAAUUUGUUUUUAUUGAAUCAUUUGUAAUGUACCUGAUCUCGGAAUGUGAGCUUAAGAAUGAAAGGAAAUACGAGAAGGGACCAAGUUUGAUAAGAAAUUAAUGGAGUAAAUGAGAUUGAUGAAAAGAAUAAUGAAAAUAUAUUAAUUUCUCUGUAGAUGACAUAAUAUAAUUCUUAUGCUGUACACCAUUACGAAUGUUUAUAUAUAUAUAUAGAUUCAGAGAUUCCUAUGUAUUCGGUACCAAUGAACAAUAUUUACUAUAAUCAUCUCAUUUUUAUAUAAUCCAUAUAAUGAGACAAAUAUAUAAAUAUAGAUAUGUAUACAUUUAUUUUUUUGAAAGAAAUCAUAAAGAAGAAACUUGAUAUUAAACAUGUACAAUAUUUAUAGUUUCUUAAUAUGGUUCACUGUAGAAAAAUAUGGCAGGUAUGAAAUGAAAUGAAAAGAGUAACAAAUUAA